CGGGAUACUGCAAAGAGCCAUGGGGGUGCUGAUGUCCAAGCGGCAGACCGUGGAGCAGGUGCAGAAGGUGAGCUUGGCUGUGUCUGCCUUCAAGGAUGGGCUGCGAGACAGGCCUUCUCUCCGACGCACGGGCGAACCAUCGGGGUCCCGCCGUGGCACUGUAGAGGGCUCUGUCCAGGAGGUGCAGGAAGAAAAAGCAGCAGAGGCAAGCAGCCCAGUGCUGCAAGAAGAGAGCAGAGCUAACCGCGCAGCCUGGGAGCGGCUCCGAGACGGGCGAGGCGUGGAGCCCGAGGAAUUUGACAGAACCAAUCGCUUCACACCCCCAGCCUUCAUCCGCCCCACCAGGAAGCUGGAUGACGACAAACCUCCAGAUAUCUGCCUGGACCCCAAAGAGCCUGUGGUCAACGAUGAGAUGUGCGAUGUCUGUGAGGUCUGGACGGCUGAGACCCUCUUCCCAUGCAGGGUCUGCACCAGGGUUUUCCAUGACGGCUGCCUGCGCCGCAUGGGCUACAUCCAGGGAGACAAUGCGGCGGAGGCGAUGGAGACGGCCCACACAGAAACAGGCUGGAGCUGCCACUACUGUGACAACCUCAACCUGCUGCUCACGGAGGAAGAGAUGUACAGCCUCCUGGAAACCUUUCAGCAGUGCAAAGUCAUCCCUGAUUGUUCCCUGACACUGGAGGAUUUCCUGCGCUACCGCCACCAAGCCGCAAAGCGCGGGGAGAGUGCCAGGGCCCUGAGCGAGGAACAAGAGGCACAAGCAGCCCGCCAGUUUGCAGCCCUGGACCCCGAACAUCGGGGCCACGUGGAAUGGCCCGACUUCUUGUCCCAUGAGUCCCUCCUCCUUCUGCAGCAACUGCGACCCCAGAACUCUCUGCUGAGGCUGCUCACAGUCAAGGAGAGAGAACGAGCCCGAACCACCUUCCUGGCGCGCGGCAACGGGGACACCAUCAGUGAGGCAGAGUGCCGCCGCGCCCGCAACUCCUGGUUCUGCAAACGCCUCUCAGAGGCUCCUUCCUGCAGCGUCAGCAGCAUCAGCCACGUGGGCCCCAUCACAGACAGCAGCCCAGCCAGCAGCAGCAGCAGCAAGAGCCAGGACAAGAGCCUGCUGCCCACAGAGCAGGAAUCCAGAUUUGUGGACUGGCCUACCUUCCUGCAGGAAAAUGUCGUCUACAUCUUGGCUGCUCGUCCCAACAGUGCAGCCAUCCAUCUGAAACCACCAGGAUAGCGUGGAACAAGAAGCUCAGCUCAGGGACGGGGGCUUCUCUCCUUUUCCUGUCUCCCCUUCCUUCACCCACCCCUGGCACUGGACUCAUGGGACAGGCCACGCCAGCAUCUUAGUUUGUCACUCCGCUCGAUGGCACUGAAGUCACCGUUCCUGACACGAGAGAGGCAGUCGGAACACGGCCACAGGCAGAAGCCCUCGGAGCUGUGGCCACUCUGGCGCGAGCACCAUAGGUCGUGGGGGUGCCAUGCCCUGCCUUCGCCUCGGCACUGACAUCAGACUGGGCCUGCCACCACACGCACAACAUGCACAUGCACGCACGCUCACACACACACACACACAGGCCUCUGCUCACACCUGCAGAGCUCUGGUUCUUUUUUUGUUGGAAAAGGACCAGAGUCCUUGGUGAAGCACCUGGUAUAGCUGAGGGGUCUCUGCUCACCUCCUUUUGUGACCAGUCCUGACCUGGAAUAGAUAGGUCUCAGGCCAAGUGAGUCUUCAUUUGGGGCCAUAUCCAACUCCUUUGUUCCCCUAGAGCUGCUCCACGUCCCCUUGACCCCAUAGGAAAUCCCCUGUGGUAAGCCGCUGUCACUCAUGGUGUGCACUGUGUCCCUAGGUGUGUUGGAUGGGAAAUGGUUGAAGACGACCACAGCAGUUUUAACUGCUUUAACAAUUUACUUCUGAUUCCCGGUGACUAGUCAGAAGCCCUGUUUUUCAGAUGGUAGCCAGCCCAACCUCACGAGCCCAAGUCCAAGCGGAGCCUGAGUGGAGCAGGAGUCCUCACCCUCUGUGUUAGACACAUCCCACUUGUGGGUUAGAUGCUGCCCCACAAGCCGGCCACCAGAGGUCCGAAGCCUGAGCUCUAAUGAAACAAGAUCUGAUGGAAGGGGAGCGGAGAGAGCCCAGCCCUUCCAUCUGCUCCACUUCAACUCAGCCUCCGACCCAGAAAAGUAUGCUGUCAUGUGGAGAACAGAGCCGGCCUCUCCUGCCACCCGCGAAAGAGCAAGUUCACACAAUCCCUGAGCAGAGACUCCUAGCUCCCUGGCAGUGAGGCUAGGAGGGUGGCCACAGAGAGAGGGGCAGAGAGACCCAGCCCAGCUCCCCAGGGGGAAGAACCUCUCCCUUCCCCUCGUCCCUCAGAUCCGGCCUGAGUCCCUGCUUCUCCCCACUGCAUGCCCUUUCCCUACCAGGCUGGGGCCUGGCCUGCCACAGAAAGCCUUUAGGACUGCCACAAAGGCCCCAAGCCUGGCCUCCAAGCCCAGCCUAGGUUCUGGCCACACCUCCAACCAGGCUACCUUAUGGGUGAGCCGAGCCUUGCAAUCCUGGCCCUCGGUUUCUUUGUCCAGCCCAAUGGCUUCGGUGUCUCCAAGUCCAACUCCCAAAAACUCCUGGCGAAGAUGUUUAGUCAGGUGUGCAGAAGUACUCAGCCCCCUGCUCAGGGCACGUCCUUGUCCUUGCACUAAGCUGGGUGGUUACAGAAAGAGUCUGGUGGUGGGCCACGCAGAGUGGCCACCAGGGGGAUGGGAAGAGAGCUCUGAGCCUCCCGUAGACGGUGCCUGGCCUCGAGACAUGGUUAUAAGCUGGCCCUCAGAAGACAGAUCUCAGUCCAUGUGUAUGGUCCUGAACAUCAGCAACCCCGUGCUGUUUUGUAAAUCGUUCUCCGCUGUCACCCCCAAGACUGAUCAGCCGAAGGGGCCAGUAUUCAACCCAGUACCUUCCCCACUCCAAAAAAAAAAAAAGCAAAGCAAGCAAGCACAUGACUCUUGAGCCCCAGGACAGUGUCUGCAGCAGCAGCCGAGGCUUCUGCACGGAGAAGGUGAACGCAUGGAACCACAGGGUUUUUGCUGACUUGCUCUCCUGGCAAACCGCCCUGCAUGCUAAUGGCCUGGGUCACUUGAUCGCACUCGUGGACGGGCGUUUUGUGUAGACACGCUCUGGGCUCUGAGAGUCGAAAAGUGUGUUUACUUCUGCCUCCUCAUCAGUCACAGUGGCUGGAAGUCCGUCAGUCGGGUUCCCAGAUGCUUCUCAGAUCAAGGGAGCUGCAUCCCUGGAGCUGCCGCUUCUAUCUUUCCAUGGGUGAGCGGUGCAAGUGUGGACCAAACAUGCCGGCUGCAUCGAGGAUUGGCCAAGCAGACCUCAUUUGGGGGACACUGCCCCCAGUCUAGAACAGAGUUCCAAGCCCUCAAGAGUCCUAGGGGGCAGACGGCACAGAGGAUCAGCCAGCCUCUUCUCCCUGGGCACCCAGCUCUUUACCAAAGGGGAGGGCCCACGGCGCCCCCUUUCCAGAGUUGGAGAAAUCCCACCCCAAGUCCACUACCCAGAGUCCUCCCUCAUCAGGGGCCCUCUGCAGUCUGUAUGGAAUUGCUCCAACUUUUCUAAACCUAGUGCAGCCCAUUCCCUCUGUCAGGUGAUUCCAUACUGUGGCUGGCUGAAAUUCUGCCAAGCACAAAAAUUUGUUAGUGUCUGAUUAUUACAAGCGUUAAAAAAAAAAAAAAAAGUUCUAGUCUUUGCUUCUUGACUCCCCCAAAAUGAGGUCAGCUUUUUUCCCAAGAAUUGCCCAUGCCAACUCCCAACAUGCCCCGGCCCCUAAGCCAAUCUUUCCCUCUGCAGCCCUCUUCCCAGGCUCAGACGUGUGAGGAAAGGGUUCCCUAGCCCAUAGGGUGGAGCUGCGGAGACAAGAGCCUCGCCAUGUCUGCUCAAUGGCUCCCUCUGCUGGGACCUGCCUCUCCAGCAGCUGCAGGCACUGAGCUCUGCGCCAUGCCUCCUUUGGUAUCCCAGGGAUGGAGUUCCUUCUCAAUAAUCACUCAACUCUCAAGUGCUCUUCUACCUUUGGGGACAGCUGCAGUACAAGCCAAGAGCACACUGCUUCUUCCUGUCCUCAGCCCAAGUGACUGGGACUGGCAGUGCCCUGGUUCUCCUUAAGGGAUGUCACCUCUGGCCUUUGUUUAAGGGGCCAAGUCUAGGGGUUUCCCUGUUACUGUCAGCAACAUGGGGAGCAGACUUACACUGUCCAGGAAGGAAGACUCAGAUUGUGCCUCGGCCUCUUCCACAUCCAGAAGCACAACCUCACCCAUUACAGGGUCCGCUUCAGGAAGCUCACAGGGCCCAGGCCAGCCGUGACCAGCCCAGGACUAAGCGACCUCUGGCCAAAUGGAGAACUGGUAGCAGACUCUUGUGAUCCCACAAACAUGUCCCCUUCCCACUGAUGGGAGUAAAGUAAGAUGGAUUCUUGGCAGUAAAUGGCAUUGAUGCCAGGAUUUUCAGACAUCCUAGCAGCACCUAUAUCACACCCCCACCCUACCCCUCUGUCUGCAGCAGAAUGAAAUCGCUGCCACUUUCUCCAUGCCACUUAGUUUGGAUUUGCCCUGGGAGUCUUGGCUCCUAGCUCUACCCAGACAACAGAAAGCUCAUUGAGUUGGUAAUAUCUGUACCAUGCCUAUUCCCAACAGGGCAGCCCUGGGCUCAGGUGGGAGUGAGCAUUCUUCCUACUGUUGCUUUCUGUUGCCACUGCCAUUGGCAACCUCAAAACGAACGUGAACAAGUUACAGAUGCAACCAGUGGGAAGGAAAAGGUGAAGCCCAGGGAACCCCCACUCUUCUCGGGGCCACUGAGCUGUGUCCAGAUCAAUGCCUACGAGCCCAAUCAUGUUCCUGUUUGUACUGCUCUGGGUUGGCCUGAGAUCAAGGCAGAAGUCGUGGGGUCUUUCGAUAUCUAUGAUGAGAGAGCCUCCCAGCAGCUUCUAGCCAUUAAGAUGGCCUGGGACCUCUCCCUCAGGCAAAACUAGCUGGUGAGGGGGACGCAGACCACAAGCAGCACUCAAGAGCCCAGCCCCCUCAGUCCCUCAUGCCCCACCUGUGCUUUCCUGUGGACAGUGACGUGUCAGUGAGCUGAGAUGAGGGUCCGCAAGCCUGUCUUCCCACCACUGCAGCUGCAUGCUCCUCCCCUGGCCCGGCCUUCAAGGGCACUGCAGAAGGAGCUUUGCUCCCAGAGGCUGGCCUCAGGGGAAGUCAAAAUAAAGAGGUUGUGAUGUUA